UCAUAAGUUCAUUUAUUUAUUGCCUAUAUACAUAAUUUAUGUAUCUUCGACGUUAUUGUGCAACAAUAAUUUUCCAUAACUAAUUCUAACUUCAUUGAUAACAUUGCAUGUUGAUAAAAAAUGCGCUAUUUUAUUUGUCAGCUAGUCUCAGAAAGCGCGCGAAACGCAGCGAACGUGUGUGCUCGUAAACAUUCGAAUUUCGAAUAAUAAAAACAAAAGAGGUUUUUUGCGCGGAUAACGUUUGUUUUCGUGAGUUUAUUGUUUAUGAUUUGGUUUGCGGAUUUAAAAAAAUAUCUUGGAAUAUUGCCAGUUUUCUUUGAAUGGAUUAUUUUAAAUGCAGCGACGCGUUUUCCGCUACUUUAUUGAGUGAAGUGUUAUCAUUUUUAUCGUUAUCAACUAAUUAGUGUGUUUUGUUUAGAUUAGAAAAAAUAAGGCAUAGUUUUAAAGAUAACUCAAGAGCCGUAGUACACAUAUUGAUAGCAGAUUCCAAAUUUCCUUUAAAUGAAAAUAUGAUUUUUCUGCCUUUAUCUCUUUGAAAAAUUGAAACGGUAUUUAUGUAUAAUACACACACAAGUUUGCGUCUUAUUUAAGGCAGACAUACAAAUAUUUAACAGGUAGAAUCUUAAUAGCGAACGGGUUUUUAAGUGAAAAUUGUUAGAACUAAAACCUCUGAAGUGCUGUGUUAGUCGACUCUUUUAUGUUCCAAUGGAAAAACUGUUGAAAAAAGUUAAAGAUUGGCGGAGUGUCUCCAGAAAUGCGGAACCGGAGCUCAGUAGGAGUCAGUAUUCCCUGGUCUCCACGGGUGAGCUGACAGCAGAGGCUCUUCAGGUCUGGUUGAAGUUGCCGAGGAAGAUAAAGUAUGAUCCGGACCUGGAGCCCUUUCAGAAGAGAUACGAGAAAGAAUUCGCCCAAUCCGACAUACCAUUAGAACAGAAUGGUGCGCGGGAGUCUAAGAGGUUGCCCCUCGUGAAAUCUGCUCCUCAUCUCAACAACAACAAGGAGGAUGGCCAAGUCGUCGAUGGUAUUGAUGAGAAGCCCAAUGAUGAGAGUCUCGGCCACAAAUCGUCAGAGAAACAAAGUAAGAUGGCCCAGGCUGGUCACUACAUCAAAAUGUGCUUCCUUCUGGGCUGUUGGACGUUCUUUACACUCGCCUUCCUGAUGUACAAUGAGAAGGAGCAUACUACAAGGCAAUCGGCGUUAUAUCCUGGGGAGACGAAAACAUAUUCACUCAACGUGUCGAGCAGUGACCUAGAAGUUUACUUAAAACUGAAAGGACCAUUUUUGACAGAACAAUCUGAAGAUAAACUUAAUGGAAGCGAAUUCAAUGAGUCCAAUAAAUUUGUUGUAUGGUUGGAGCAAAUGAGUACUGGUAUGGUAUCAAAACAAUGGCCAAUCGUACUCCAAGACGGGGACUUUGACUUUUCAAUCGGCGAAUCAAGAUCGUCCGUACUCAAAAUUUCGACGAAUAGCAGCGCAGACAUUUCAUUACGUAUGACCUCAACGGCCAAUGAGAGCGCGCCAUUUACAAUUACUUACACAAUUGAUCCAAUCGAUGCCGCAACUGGUGUUAUUUACGCUUGUAUCCUGCUCUGUGGAUUGUAUGUGCUGAUUAUUUUUGAGAUUAUUAACCGAACAAUGGCAGCUAUUAUCAUAGCCACAGCUGCGCUUGGUGUGAUAUCAAUACUCGGUGAAAGACCGAGUCUGCCAGAGCUGAUUUCGUGGCUGGAUGUGGAGACCCUGCUGCUACUCUUCAGCAUGAUGAUUCUGGUUGCGAUAAUGGCGGAAACUGGCAUGUUUGACUUCUUGGCUGUUUAUACAUUUGAGGUAACCAAAGGCAAGCUAUGGCCACUUAUCACAGUUCUGUGUGCCAUCACGGCUCUACUGUCAACAUUUCUAGAUAACGUCACCACUGUAUUGCUCAUGACACCUGUAACUAUCAGACUAUGUGAGGUGAUGGAUAUGGAUCCUGUGCCAAUAUUAAUGUCGAUGGUGCUCUUCAGUAACAUUGGAGGUACGGCCACUCCAGUAGGAGACCCACCGAAUGUUAUUAUAGCAUCGAAUCGGGCAGUAGUGCAAGCAGGUAUCAACUUCACGAACUUCACGAUGCAUAUGACGCUAGGUAUUUUAUUGGUCUGCGUACAAACGUACUUUCAGCUCCGCUUCAUCUACAGGGACACAAGUAAACUCAGACUAAAUGUUCCAAGGGACAUACAAGAUUUACGCCACCAAAUAUCUAUAUGGCGACGGGCGAUAGAAUCUCUUCCUCACCUAAGCAAAGACACGCACGUGGUUAGAGAAAGACUUGAAAGAAAGAUGCGGAAAUUGAACGCUCAACUGGAGGUGAUGGUAAAAGAGAGCAGUAAGAGAGUCUGCCCCAAGGAUACCUUCCACACAACCCUCACGCAGCUUAAGGAUAAGUACAAAAUUCGUGACAUGCCACUUCUGCUGAAGGCAACGUUUGCCAUCACGUUCGUCGUUGUUGUCUUCUUCCUGCACUCGUUACCAGAACUAAACAGAGUGUCCCUAGGCUGGACAGCACUCCUUGGUGCCAUAUUGCUUCUCACGCUGGCAGAUCGCGAGGACCUGGAGCCUAUACUGCAUAGAGUUGAAUGGUCCACGCUUCUGUUCUUUGCUGCUCUGUUUGUGCUGAUGGAGGCGUUGUCAAAGCUGGGACUUAUAGAGUUUAUCGGAGGUUUGACGGAAGCUCUCAUUCUGAAAGUUGAUGAAGGAUCACGACUGGCAGUUGCAUUGAUUCUACUCCUAUGGGUAUCAGGUGUGUCAUCAGCGUUUGUUGAUAACAUACCACUAACAACAAUGAUGGUACGAGUUGUGACCACUUUAGGAUCCAAUCCGACGCUGAAUCUGCCCAUACAGCCUCUCAUCUGGGCUUUGUCGUUUGGCGCCUGUUUGGGAGGAAACGGGACACUAAUCGGCGCAAGCGCGAAUGUAGUGUGCGCAGGUGUGGCCGAGCAACACGGAUACAAAAUUUCAUUCGUACAAUUCUUCAAGAUCGGAUUUCCGGUUAUGAUAGGCCAUCUAAUUGUCGCUACUGCUUAUUUACUUUUGUGUCAUUGUGUUUUUACUUGGCACUAAGAAAUUACACUUUAUUGAUUCAAGCGCGAUUAAAUUAUGAUUGUUAUAAAUCGUGUUCGAAUGUGGUAGAGUGUAUAUUCUUGUGUUCAAUAAUUUUAAAUUAACGGCUCAGAUAUUUUUUGAUAUUAAAUAUUAUUUUAUAAAAAAAUUUAGAGAGGUGGGGGCGCUGUUGUGACGCCGAAAUGUCACAUGACUUCAUCAAUGGAAAACAAGUGUAUGGGUUGAACUUAGAAAAAUCUUUUACUUUUAAACAAGAUGCCUUCGACAACGAUUAUAACGGUCAUGAGAUUUUUCGAUAUCAUUUUUAUAGUUGUCUUUAGCCUCAAAAUAGGCUUCAGUUUCGGUACCUGAUUACCUCUUGAUCAGUGCAAAAUUUCUGUCAUGCGAGCUUCUCAUGAGGAAAAUAAAAGCGGGGGGGGGCAAAUCUGGAGAUUAAGGUGGACGUGGUAGCAAUUAGAAGCUCAAUUCCAAGAAUUUCUCCAUCGUUUUCAUUGAUUUGAUGAAACAGCACUUUCUUCUUCUUCAAAUCUGUCCGAUACCUUAUAUAGUUUUAUAAUUUAAAAUAAAAAUUCAAAUAUUUGAACAGAAAUUUACAAAGCAUGCGUCAAUACAUGCUUCUGUUUUUCAUAGAAAUAGUCGAGGAGGAUUAUUUGAGGCUUUUAACAAUUUGUCAAACAGAUAGCAUGGUUCAUGUGCAAUCAAAUACAAUGACAUAUUAUGGCCUUAAUUUUUCUCAGCUAACCUUCAUUCCUUUGCCUCGUGACCGAAACGUAUAAAUAAAAUAGCCUAUAAUUUCGGUCCACAACAUAUUCAGAAUUAUCUUUUCUCAUCGAUUGUAAUUUAGCAACAAACAUGAUUAAAGAUAAAAUUGAUAUAAAAUACAGUAUUUUUAUAGAACAAUACCUACAGUUAGAAAUUGUACCUUAAAUGACUGUGAUAGAUUAGAAUAGUUGGUUUUAAAAACCGAGAAUGUGAGACAAAACACAACAAUACCGCGUUUUGCUUUAUUGUGAUUUAUCAAAUACGCGCUAACAUUUUUGGCGUUGCGUAGUGGGGUCACUAUAUAUCUCCUACCACAUUUACUAUGGAGUGUGUUCAGAGGAGUUGUUCGGGUUAACUGGGGCUGAGUUUCAUCAUCGGACGUCGAGGAAUACGAAAUUCUACCCUUAUCACCUUGAUGUCCGACGUUCCACAACUUAGCGUUAGGCUGUUUCUGCCGUGAACCACUACUAUGUGGAACCAGCUGCCCACUGAAGUAUUUCCGAACCAAUUUUACGUAUUAAGAAAUAGGAACGCACUCGUAAGCCCUCUGUCAUUGAGGGCAGCGGUAUCACUUAACAUAAGGAACGGCCCGUUUACCCCUUUUUCGAUAAAAAAAAAUUCAUCAUUAAUUACCCAUCAUUAUAUUACGUUUGAUUCGAGGCCUCCUUGACAGUGUAAUGCAAUAAGAGGCCAUAAACAAUAAACGCCUCCGAUUACCUUUCGGCGGUUUCAGAACUAAAUUGGUAGUAAGAUUUAGAUAUGUUUUUUAAAUUAUUGUAAUUAAAAAUUAAGGUC